AUGAGUUCAUACCAAAGAAGACAAAAAAAUAUUAGUAAAUUAUCAGAACAAGAUUUAGAAUAUAGUUGCAAAUAUGAAGACUCUUGGCACUAUAAAUAUAAAAACAAUAAUGAAAUUUAUAUUGGUGGUAUUGCAAAUGAGUUAAAUGAAGGAGAUAUAAUUAUUGUUUUUUCACAAUUUGGAGAAGUUAUUGAUAUCAACAUGCCAUGGAACAAUGACGAAGAUGAGCACAAAGGAUUUUGUUUUCUUAAAUAUAAAGAUCCAAGAAGUUGUGUAUUAGCUAUUGAUAAUUUUAAUGGGAUUGAAUUAAAUGGAAGAAGACUAACGGUUGACCAUUCUGAGUCACAAGAACAAAAAAAUAUAGAUCAAACAAUUGGGAAGUUUAUAUCUCAAAAACCACAUAAUUAA